CAUCGACUGAUUCCUCUGAUUUCCCAGCUAUCUCUUUCUCUUUCGUCCUGCGUAUGGGCAUCUUGAAUCUAAGGCAUUCUGUUUCAUUUGGCUUCGAUUAUGUUCAUUUCUUCAGUAAUUAUUUAUGAAGUAAUAUUUGUGAGGAAACCAGGCUUAAGUGUAUCAGUGGCUAGUGUAGCCUAAAGGACCCGAAUAUUGAAUUUUGGACCAUAAUGGAGAAUAUGCAGUAUGCUGAGGAGCUCGUGAGGGAGUUCCUUGUGUUUAGGGGGUUCACAAGUACUCUUCAAGCUUAUGAGAGUGAGCUGAGCACAGAUAUUGGAAAGGGGUUCCAAGUGGACAAGAUUUUGGAUUUAAUCUUCUCUAUAUAUAUACCCAAAUUCGAGGCAGAAAAGUUGGUGGGGCUACUAGGUUUUUUCAAGCAGUGCCUAGCUUCAUCAUCUGACAACACAUUUCUUUCAACCGUGUCAAAAUUGGAGGUUUCCAUUCUUCGUUAUUAUAUGGUACAUGCCAUACAAUCAGGAAGGACAGAUAAAGUUCUGGAGUUCCUUAAAACCAAUGGCAACGAUCUACUGCAAAGGACUAAGGAUUGGACUCCAUGGUUUGCCAUGCCAUACCUAAAGAAUCCGAAGUUUGAUCCCCACUUUCACGUUUAUUUUACAAAGGAGUGGUAUGAAGCACUGCAUGUUUCUGUAAGGAAUUUCUUCAGCGAAGUAUUCAAUGGUACUCGCAUUCCUGCUCUACUAAAGCUCAGUUCAGAGAGGACUACAGUUAAUCAUUUGAAACGAGAUAUCAAGCAGCUAAAUCUUAAAUUGACGCAACUUCAGGCUUUAUUGGAGGAAAAAGAGGCUCAUCUUUGCCACUUAAGAAGCCUGGUGAACAGUUCUUCAAGUGUGUUGCACGAAGAGAAAAUUACUUCAUCAAAUGAUGCUCAAGAGCCUUGUCCUUCUCCAACUACACUAGUUGGGGAAACGAAACUGACUCGAGAUGGGGUUUUAGCUGGCUCUGACAAGUAUAUUGCUUCAAAUGAAGAUUCAAGUUCUUCAUUAACUCUUUGCACGGGAGACAGUGAAGUUGGUGAUUCUAGUCAUAGUUAUGAAGAUGGCCGUCAAAUGGUGAAUAGCGGAGAAGCCCAUGUACAAGAAGAUUUUCCUGAAGUGAAAGUAGAAUUUCAGGAGACAUUUUUGGGCCACACAAGUCCAAUCAGUCGUUGCCGUUUUUCUGCAUCUGGAAACAAUGUAGCAAGUGCUUCUUUGGAUGGUACAGUCAGGAUAUGGACAUAUGACCCAUCCACUCCAGCAUCCAGAAAUGCAACAAUUUACUGUGGAGCGGAGAUUAUGUCACUUGAUUGGGAAUGUAAAUCUGAUCGCCUUCUUCUAAUAGGCACCGCUGAUGCGGGGAUUAAAGCAUGGAAUGUUGAUGCAAAGAGAGUUGUGUGUGAUCUCAACACGACUGAUAUGUUCCCUAGUGUGUUGGAUAUCAAGUGCAGUCCUGUUGAAUCUAUUUUCGUCUCUGCAGCAGCAUCUAGAGGGCAUGGUUCAAGUUAUGUGGAUAGUUUGGGGUUUGCUUCACUCACCGUAUGGAACAUGAGAACAUGGAAGUCAAUGACAGUCCUUCCUCUUGGCAAGGAUCCACCUGCAAUUACUUCAAUGUGCUUCAAUCAUAACGGGAAAAUUUUAGCUGCUGCUGCUACUGAUGGAAUGAUUCACAUGUUUGACAUGUCUGCAUGUCUACAAAUUACAGGGUGGCCUGCACAUGACUCUGCCAUUAACUCGAUUCUUUUCGGGCCAGAUGAAACUAGCAUUUUCACCUUAGGGUCAGAUGGGAAGAUAUUUGAAUGGAGCUUGCAUAAUCAAGGUCAAGUUCUGUGGUCAAGAAAUAAUAGCAGGUUUUGCGAUUCCGAGAGCUCUUUGUCUUUGAGACAUGAAAUGGCUUUGGAUGUAAAUGGAAAGAGACUCUUGGCUACAUCAAAUUCAGUGCGAGCCCCCAUAUACCAGGUGGGUGGUCGUGUGGGCGGAUUGAAAACUCUUCCACACACGGCAGCAAUAACAACGGUCGAUUGGCACCCGACCUUGCCCGUGUUCUUGACUGGUUCUGCCGAUCACUCAGUUCGAGUUACUUCUAUUUCUUGAAGAACUCUUCAUGUUUUUUUUUUUUUU